AUGCUUCGCAAGGGUGUCGCUUUCGUUGGACAAGCUGUUCGCCAAACUUUGAAAGCUCAAAACCAAUUGCAAGUGCAAAGAUUCAGUGCAUCAGCUGCUCAAUCUUCAGAAGAAGUCAAUUAUGAAAUCAAGAAAAACGGAAAGAGACUGAGUGGCGUCGAUUACGAAGAAGUUGUUCUGACUUCGAUUUCUAGCGAAGACAAAACCCUCAUUCCCAAAGCAGCGUUUGAUGUUUUACUGAAAGAGUAUGAUGAAGUACAGACAGAGAGUAAGGAUUUCAAGGACAAGUAUCAACGUUCUUUGGCUGAGACAGAAAACGUACGCCGUCGUGGUAUCAAGCAGACCGACGAUGCAAAAGUUUUCGCCAUUCAAUCGUUCUGUAAAGACUUGCUGGAGGUCUCUGAUAUUCUUGACAUUGCUGUCAAGUCUGUGAAACCGGAAGAAUUGGAGUCUGGAGGAAAAGCGUUGAAAGAUCUAUUCGAGGGAGUUUCUAUGACACGGACUGUGUUGGCAAAGACAUUUGCAAAGCAUGGGCUUGUCACCGUCGACCCAACCAACCAGAAAUUCGAUCCAAAUCUUCAUGAAGCCGUUUUCCAAAUUCCAUCAGCAAAUGCUAAGCAACCAGUCGGACAUAUCGAAGUCUGCACGAAAAUCGGAUACAGUCUGAAAGAACGGCCGAUCAGACCUGCUCAAGUUGGAGUUGUAUCACAGUAA